GUCGUGGCCGGUUUGUUCGGAAGGCUUGCCUUUUUUUUAUUGAUACUUUGUAGUGCUUAAUAUUUUAUUUAUUAUCUAUAUCAACGAUGACUGCAUAAAAGUAACAACUCCGCAUCAUAACACUAAAAAUGGUCCAAAGAAUAAUAACGCAACCCGCCCAAAUCAAGAAAGAAGAUGGCUUAGCAGAUUUAAUCGGACAAUUUGGAAAAUGGCAGUUCAUAGUCCUUGUUACGGUUUCGAUAGUGAAGCUAUCCUCAGCAUGGUCACAAAUGGCUAUUCUAUUUCUCACACCAAAUUUGAUUUAUUGGUGCUCGAAUUUCGGCGAUAAUUCGACCAGUGUUGGCCAAAAUAUGACAUGCUAUGAUGGUUGUGUGGAGUACUCAUACGAUACGUCUCCGUUUGAGAAUACGAUUAUAUCCGAAUGGGAUUUGGUUUGCGAACGAGGAUGGUUGGCGAGCUUCACUCAGAUGGUGCUGCAAUUUGGCGUCUUAAUUGGCAGCAUCAUGUUUGGAUUUCUCUCUGACAGAUACGGAAGAAAAAAUACAUUUCUAGUGUCAGUCGUUGCACUCGUCGCGGUUGGAUUCGGUAUUCCAUUUUCACCUAACUAUAUAACCUUUACUGUCUUAAGGUUUCUACUGGGAGCCGCAUCGGCGGGAACAAUGGUUAUAUCUUUCGUGAUUGUUAUGGAGACUGUUGGAUCAAAUUACAGAGAAAUAUGCGGCUGUCUCUUUCAAAUGCCAUUCAUCAUUGGUUACAUAUUGAUACCAGUGUUUGCAUAUUUCUAUAGAAAUUGGAACGAUUACAGUUUGGCUUUGGCAAUACCAUCAGUUAUUUAUCUAGGCUACUUUUUCGUUUUGACGGAAUCGCCACGAUGGCUCGUCAGUGUUGGUAAAGUUGAUGAGGCAACGAAACUUGUCACAAGAGCUGCAAAGUUAAAUGGUCUUCCAACUUCUAAAGUAGAAGAAACAUUAAAAAGAAUGUCUGAAAACAUUCAAUCCGAAUCAACAGCCACAAAACCGAACUACGCUGACUUAUUCAAAGGGUCUAUGCUGAUUAAGACCGUGACCUCUUGCAUCAUUUGGAUGAUCACUGGAUUGACGUACUACGGUUUCAACCAGUACAUUAGCCAAACUAGUCAAGACCCUUUUUUGACUGUGGGGGCAAUGGGAGUUAUUCAGGUGCCGUCGAUCUUGAUCUCCAUUUGGCUGCUGAGACACUUCGCACGCAAGUUGGUAGUCAUCAGCUUCUUCACCUUGGGAGGGCUUUGUGUUUUAGCGUUAGGUGUAAUGCCAGAUACCUUCUGGGUAACUUUAUCAUUAGGCUGCAUUGGCAUCAGCUGUGUAUCACUUGUCACUACAUGCAUUUAUAUUUAUACGUCUGAAUUGUUUCCAACUGUCGUUAGAAACAUGGGCAUGGGCGCUUGUUCGACAUCAAUGCGAGUGGGAUCUAUGAUGGCUCCAUUUGUUUCAAAUUUAUCCACAACCAUACCCUGGAUGCCGAAUGUUAUAUUCGGUUUGGCGCCAAUCGUUGCCGCGCUAUUUUGUCUAUUGCUUCCAGAGACCAAAGGCACGGUAUUGCCAGAUAGUUUAAAGGAGGUAAAAGACACCGCAUAAAUAUAAUGACUUAUUGGAUAUUAUUUAAUAAUAAUAAUUAAUUAUUAACUUAUUGGAAAUGGUAUUGGAAAUAACAACAAGCCUCGACUUAAUUGUCAAAUUUAAUCCAGAAUUUUUAAAUAGUCUUAAGACUGUAUAUACUACAAUAGGAGAAAUAUCGUAAUAACUAUAUAAGUACUUAUGAAAAUCCCGGUGCAAAAUUCUCUUUUUGUACUAAGGAAGGAUAAAGCUAACGAUAUCAAGCACGAGAUAAAUUGUAAACAAACUCAUCUGUUGAUAAUGCAGACACAGAAUUUAAACUUGUGUUAAGAUAAAUAAGUACUAAGUACUUACUAGAUCCACUGGACCAUAUCGCGAAAACCUUAUCGCAGCGGUUAUCAGUAUUGCUUACGUAAUAUAGAAAAGAGUUUCAAUGAAGAUUAGGUGAUAAUAAAAAAAACAUUUUCAUCAAAAACCUUAAUAUUACAUAAUUGUAUAAAUUAUUGAUAUACGAAAGCAUAUAAAACGUACUUUUUACACCUUGUAAAGUUCUUCCGUAUAAAUAAUGUAUGAUAUAUCCUUAUUUGCCCUAUAUGAAACUUAUUGAUAAAACAUAAAAUGAAAAUACUUCAAAAUAGUCUUAUGAAGCACGUAAUUUUUAAUUUAUCUCAAUCGUUGCGAUAAAUUUAAAGGUUAUAUUCUCAAUUUCUCAUUGAAGAACUUGUUCCCUUAAAUCGUGAGGAUGUACAUUAUUUUGACCGCACUAUUUUAAUAAAAUAAAAUAUAGCACUUAGAUGGCACUGAUUUCCAUAAUAAAUUCAAAAACUUUCUUAAUCUAUAUUAAACAGAUAAGAACUCUUGUCAUCGCGAUGUAAAAUAUUGCAUUUAUUAUAUAUCGCCAUCUAGUACACAAUGCUGGAAUUACGAUGUACUUAUAAAGUACUUAUACACUCAUUUGCAUCUAAAAUCCUAUAGAAGCGGCAAAUAAAAAGUAUUCACGCAGUUUCGCUCGCAUCUUAAUCUUGCAUUUAUAUAAUUAUCACGUUAAGUGAUAUAUUACAUACAUUAAACCCUCUUUUUAGGUGCAUGUGUUAUAUACUAAAAAAAUACAAAAUAUGUUAAGAUAAAUGCAAGGACUUUUAUCACAUUUUCAUGACAAGCAUAAUUAAAUUAGUUCAUAAUCAAAAAAAUCGUAUAUAAUACGCGACACUGCAAUGCACUAAUGCAAUACGGCACUACAUGAUUUUCCAAUAGUAGAUAUCGUCAUCUUUUUUUCCUAUACGUCUUUCCUACGUAUCUUUUAUCCCUAUAUUUUUUGUCCAGUAAAACCCCUGAUGGCCUUGAAAACAACUUCAAACCUAUUAAUUAAUAAUUCGAUCUUGUUCCAUAUCGGCCAUCAAACAGCGAGUCCUAACUCCGAACUUCAAACCAUGGCAGACGUCUAAGCGACCUCGCUGUACCUCAUUAAUAUUACAUAUACACAUCCGACGCAAUUAACAUUUGACAGCCAUGCGCUCUGCGUUAAUGUUUCGAACCCACAAGAGCCCUGAACCCUUCAGGGCCGGCUCUUGUGGGUUCGCUGACGCUUCUUAACUUAUUUGAUUGACAGCUCCUGACCGAUCUUGGACUAACGCGUUCAAACUACACAUUCUCGAACCAACAUAUCAAUAUGUUGAUGAACAGUUUUGUUACAGUGCCAACAUCAGAACUACGAUAAUACAACGAGCUUGUCAUGUUUAAAGUCAUUCUCAAUUCAUUCCAAGCAUGAAUAAAUAUUGUAUUUUGUAGAUAAACACCAAACAGUUAUCAUUUUUACCGCUAAAUAUUAAUACUUUGUAUCGCUGUGAGGGUGAGUAAGCUAAGCUGAUGAGUAAGUCACAUGAUUGACAACGAACUGACGGUUUUUGCACUCUCAUUGCCAAUGAAAUUAUUCGUACAUUUUAAAUAUUUAAAAUAAACAACACAAUAACAAGUUCUAUUUUAUACUACCAAAUAAUUCCCUUUUUAAGAGAAGGUUUGGAGCUUAUUCCACCACGCUGCUCUAAUGCGGGUUGGUAGAAUACACAUGUGGUAGAAUUUCAAUGAAAUUAGACACAUGCAGGUUUCCUCGCGACGUUUUUCUUCACCGUCAAGCACGAGAUGAAUUAUAAAUACAAAUUAAGCACAUGAAAAUUCAGUGGUGCUUGCCCGGAUUUAAAUCCACGAUCAUCGGUUAAGAUUCACGCAUUCUAACCAGUAGGCCAUCUCGGCCUUUUCGCUGAGACAUUUCAGAUAAACAAUGUUAUUACGAGAUACAAUCUUGCUUUAUGAAACAGUUGGUCAUUUGUUUUAUUAAAUCUGAAAUGAAAAUGUUUUUUUUAAAUAGAUAAAUUAUAAAAAACUGUAUUGUUAAUCUAUUUGUUCAAAUGUUUGUUUUAUCUAUUUGAAACAAGAAAUAUCGACAUAAUUGUUAAUCGAUUAACGCCUACAAAAUUAAUUUAAGAUAAUGUAUCAUAUAUUUGUUUAUGUUAAUUGUUUUAAAUUAUAUAAAUAAAAUUAAAACACCUAAACUAACGAUUACUUAAAAAAAAAGACAUUUUAUUAGUGUACAAUGCAGCGUGAUAAAUGUGUGAUUUAUGAAAAUUAUCAUCAAUCGAAAUGACUUAAAAGAAUUAUUCUUUUCAUUUCCUUGGUAGUAGGGCUUUGUGCAAGCCGGUCUGGGUAGAUACCACCCACUCCUCCGAUAUUCUACCGUUAAACAGCAAUACAAUUGUUGGUGGCGAUGGCAUGAGUUAAUAUUUCUUACACUACCAAUGUCUAUGAGCAAUGGUGACCACUUGCCAUUAGGUGGUCCGUUUGCACUUCCGCCUACCUAAAAUAUAAAACAAUGAUAGCAAAUAUCUAUCUCUCGUAUAGAGUGUAUUAAAAGAUGGAUUCGUGACUAGGAAAGUACAUAUAUUAUUUGUUGGAAAUGCUAUUAGAUAACAUUAAAGAAUCUUUUCUGUGUGA